GUUUUAAAUUCAUCUUCAACUUUUAUGUUACCGUACACCGUACGGAGUUCUGAACGAUUUAGUGUUGGUAGUGGUGUAAUGAGUGGUUGAUAGGUUAGACACUUUUCCAACGACAGUCUACUGCUUGAGAUAUUGCCAUGUUUUGUGCAAAUUUACUUCGCAGAGUCGGUGUCAUUCCAUCGACUUUGCAUUAUAUAAAACGUUCGGCAGGCCACAGCAAAUGGCAAAAUAUUAAACACACUAAGGGUCUCAAAGAUAAUCAAAAAGCUGCUAUGUAUCUUCAAAAGCUGCGAAACAUUAAGAUUGUUCUGGCAGGCAAUGGUUGGAAUACAGAUCCAAAUUCAAGUCCCUCUUUAGCAAGAGCUAUUGAAUCAGCCCGGCGAGCAAAUGUUCCAAAGGAUACUAUAGACAAUUAUUUAAAGAAAAUUAAGACAGUCAAAGAACAUCCAAUUGAAUUUCGAUUGAGGGGUCCAAAUGAAUGUAUAGUUAAUAUCACAUAUGUUUGCUCAAGUGUUACUGAGAAUGAACUCAGAAAUCAAAUCAAGAAAAUAUUGAAAAAAUCUGUAUUCCAAGUCACACCCGGAUUUAGUCAGGCAUUUGAAAAGAAAGGUGUAAUCAUCGCCAAACCUCCAACUAAGCAAGCAACAAUCGAUGAUGCUGAAGAGGCUGCAAUUGUAGGUGGUGCUGAAGAGGUGAGACCUGAAGAAGGAGAAGAGCAAACCUACAGGUUCCUUACAGAUCCAAAAGGCAUAGUGCAAAUGAACAAAUACUUAAGUGAAAACCAAUGGGAUAUUUUGGAAAGUGAAGUAGAAGACCUACCUACAUACUUUGUAGAAUUAUCUGAUGCAGAUAUAGAAGAGGUCAAGGUGAUUCUAGAAAAACUUCAAGAAUUCCCUGAAUAUUUAAAAUGUGUGGACAAUAUAGCUUGAUCAUUUUAAUUUAUUAUGUUAAG